AUGCGCUGCAACUAUUUUCUUCUCGGCCUUGUCGCCACAGCUCUGGCACACCCUACCGUGAAGCCCGCUGAUACUGGCAAGCGGGUUCCUACUUUGUACGAAGGAAAGGGAGCCAAUUUUGACUACCGGCCCAAGGAAAAUGAAAAGAGGAAAGAUGAUGGGUCCUGGCAACCCGGGAAGUAUGAAGGAGACUGCACUGGUUAUGAUGAUGGAAAGUGGAACCCAGAGAAGCAAGGUUAG